UCAAAUGCAUUUGGGCUGAAAGGUAUACCAGGAAGAUGUUAAAUCACUGAAUAUAUAGAACGUGUGGAGGUUAUAACGAACAGCAUGUAGAAGAAAAACUGCACGGAAGACCAGGAAAAUGUUUUAUACCAUUGUUUUCAGAAUCACGAAUGCUGUCGAUCGAUUUUGAACUGACAACUCUACAAUUUAAUACAAGUAAACGAAACGAAAAUGGAUACCAACUCGAUUUGGGUUUAUGUUUUUGUUGUAUCGUCAUUUUUCGUCAGUUGUGCAGGUGUAUCGUUAAAUUUGACAGCGUCAACAAUCAUACCAAGAAAGCAUCAGGAAGUAACACUGACCUGUAUAUUUGACGACCCGCCUCGUGCUAGUUAUACCGUUUAUAUAAGACAGAUAUAUGGCUUCAGUUCCUAUAGGCAGAUUGCUUACUUUCGUCAAACGACGUCAGUCUGUAGUACAUACGCAUAUGAUUUAUUUGGAAUCCUUGAAACAACAGGAACAUUGUGUGGAUCUGGAACUAACACCGCUAAUUCGAAGUCCAAAGAAUAUGUCGCAACGAUAACACUUAUUGUCGGAGAAAUGACUGAUUACCUUUGUACUUCAAACUACAACAGAAAAUACUACUACAGCAACUUUGUUAACUUGAGAACUAUAAAUAAGGUUGAAUGCGCAUCACUGAAUAUUUCUGGAGGUGGAGAUGUACUGACAGUGACUGAGGGUAAACAGUAUGAUGGAUUCACGUGCAGUACUGGAGAUGCUAACCUGGAACUAGAAGUCAGACUAAAACUGAACGAUACCUCUUCCACGGAUCUGUCUGUUCGUAAACUAAAAUCAGCAGCACGCAUAGAACGUCGACCGACAUUUUGCAGCCAUUUAGCAAACGAACAAGCGAAUACUUUUAUCACAAGCAUAAGUUUAGCCUAUGUCCCAGAAAGACGCCACGAUGGCAACUAUGUCUACUGCUCAGCCAGGAAUAGUGAAAUGGGAACCAGCGAGGAGGUGACCUCCAACAAAAUACGUCUCAUCGUUCAGUUUGGCCCACUUGAACAAGAGAUGAGUUUCAACACUGAUGAAGUCUUCUACACAGUAGCUGAAUCUGAUUCGUUGACAAUAACAUGCUCAGUGGACUGCAACCCUACCUGUACCUAUAUCUGGACCUACCUGGACAGAGGUAUCGCCACAGGAAGUCGUCUGUCCCUGAUCCACAUCACUGAGCAAGAGGCUGGCUAUUACAAGUGCUCGGCGAGAAAUCCUGGUUCUGGGAUCACUGCUGACAAAUAUUUUAAACUGCGCGUGGAAUCCUCAUCGUUUACCGUUGGAGCUGCCGCUGGUAUUGGAGUUGCUGUCGGCGUGGUCGUCACGAGUGUCGUUGCAGUCGUCACAUGUUUAUUAGUAAGACGAGGAAUAAAAUGUUCACGGCGCAAAAACACUGGUGUCGAAAAGCAUACGUAUGCGAACACUGGAAUGCAGAACCUCGCAAGCCGUGAGUAUAAAAUAUUUAAACCAAAGAUUUAUCUAUAUUCAGUAUUUUAGUCAGCAUGUAAUGUUCCUUACAGUUUUGACUUUUAAUUCUAACUUUCAUUUCCAUGGCGUCGGGCGCAGUUGUGUGAGGAUGGGAGUCAGGGUGGCGUCUCCAGUUGGAGGGUGAAGAAAUAAAUGCCGACCGCCGUUCCGAGUUACUGGCAUCGAUAGUCGCCUAUGAUUCCAGUACAUUCAGGGCGUUUUGUAUUCUAAUAUAUGGUUCUGGAAACCUAAAAUAGUUUGUCCGCUUGCUGAGACUGCAUACCUUAGUUUUAUAUUGAAUGCAAAACGUUCUAAUCGCAAAACCCCCAAACAUUUCUAUAGUUUUAUAAUAUACAGCGGAACUUCG